AUGGCAGUGGUGAAAACCGAAAUAAACGUGGACCCGUCGGAAGAGGUCUUUCGCAUCAUCGAGGAUCAGCAAGAUGGAAUCGAUAACGAUACUCUCAAUCAUCUCACUCCCAGUCUGUCAAUCCUGGAACGACAGCAUGCAAUCAACGCUUUGCUCGCUGAUCAACGACUAGAAAUCUUAAAACAGGGUGAACAAAUCAAAUUCCGGGUAAAGAAAGGAACACAACUUGCCGGCGUAUCUCAAGAAGAGCAAUUGAUUUACCAACUGGUCGAAGAGAGCGCCACAAAUGGUAUCUGGAUUCGAGAGCUUCGCGAAGGAUCGGGUCUUUCGCAGAUACAAUUGCGAAAGGUUUUGAAGCAAUUGGAGACACGGAAGUUGAUCAAAACGGUCAAGGCUGUUGGCACAACACGAAAAUGCUACAUGCUCUCUCAACUUGAGCCGAGCACUACGUUAACUGGAGGGACUUUUUAUUCAGAUCAACAAUUAGACACGGAGCUCAUUCAAACGAUGGUCACACUUUGCGUUGGUUUUUUGCAAGCGAGGAGACGAAAAGCAAUCGAAGAGGCCAAAAAUAGCAUCGAAAUGCAAAAAGAGCUCAGUCUCGUUCGACCCUCUGAGAUUUCUGCGUACAUUGUCGAGAAACGAGUUUUGAAGAUGGCUGUCAGCGAUGAGGACAUUGAUCGAGUACUUGAAGUUGCAAUUCUUGAUGGAUCAGUUGAAAGACGCCCUGAUGGAAGAUUGCGGGCUAUCGCAGAUGGAAUUCGUACUUCGGCCCUUGUUACGAUUCCGUGCGCAACUUGUCCGGUCAUUGACGAUUGCAAACCGGGUCACGUCAUAUCUCCUGCAACUUGCCAGUACAUGAAGGAUUGGAUAGGA